UUAUCCAAGGAACGGCGUUGCGCAUACAUGGUGGGGACAAAGCGCUGAAACCAAAACCUCCUAUAAUAGGCAACGAGCCUCUCUGACAUUUCCUUUGCACUAUACCAAUAAUAUUAAACGCGAUCGGCGACCGAACUGAAUAUAAAAUAAUGCUUGCAUCUGACGUGUGUAAACAUUGCGACAUGUGCUCGACUUUCGUUCUCAGCAGCUGACUAAGUGUGAAAUAUACUUGCUUCGUCGGGCACUCAGUGAUAAAGUGCCAUUAACUUAUUCCAGUGUGUGUUUAGCAAUAAAAAAAAAAGAAACAAUUGAUCGAUUAAUUUUUUAUUUCUUCGAGCUGUACGGUUAUUACAUGCUGCCGAGUUGGACAAGUACGCACGCGAUGGAUAAUAAAAACGAAAGACGAUCAUCCAGACUGUUUUCUCGAUACGCAGCGUUUCUGCAGCAGAGCGGCGAGAAGAAAAAAGCCAGCGAAGCACAAAUUAACGUGAACCAAGUCCCAAGCAUCGGCAAUACUGUCAAAAUGUCACAACAACAGUACUAUCCAUUCAAGUGCACGCCAACGGUCUACCCGGCCGAUCCGUUCGACGCCAACGCCGACGCGGCGGUGCUGCGCAAGGCCAUGAAGGGCAUCGGCACCGACGAGAAGGCCAUCAUCGACGUGCUGACCAAGCGCGGCAUCGUCCAGCGCCUCGAGAUCGCCGAGGCCUACAAGACCCUCUACGGCAAGGACCUCAUCAACGACCUCAAGAGCGAGCUCUCGGGCAAGCUCGAGGACGUCAUCGUGGCGCUCAUGACGCCGCUGCCCCACUACUACGCCAAGGAGCUGCACGACGCCAUCCAGGGCCUGGGCACCGACGAGGAGGCCCUCGUCGAGAUCCUCUGCACCCUCAGCAAUUACGGCAUCAGGACCAUCGCCGCUUUCUACGAGAAUGUCUAUCAUAAAACUUUGGAGAGCGAUCUGAAAGGAGACACUUCCGGCCACUUCAAGAGGCUGCUGGUUUCGCUCGUGCAAGCCAAUCGUGAUGAAAACCAGGGCGUCGAUCAUGCCCAGGCCCAAGCCGACGCUCAAGCUCUCUACGAGGCUGGUGAAAAACAAUGGGGUACCGACGAAUCGCAAUUUAAUGCCAUACUCGUGACUCGCAGCUAUCAGCAGCUCAGGCAAACCUUCAUCGAGUACGAGAAAAUUUCCGGUCACGACAUCGAGACCGCCAUCAAGAAGGAAUUCUCCGGCAGUAUCGAGAAGGGUCUGCUUGGAAUCGUCAAGUGCGUCAAGUCGAAAAUUGGAUUCUUCGCCGAGCGCCUGUACGCAAGCAUGCACGGAAUCGGCACGAAAGAUCGCACCUUGAUUCGCAUCGUCGUUUCGCGAAGCGAAAUCGAUCUGGGAGAUAUCAAAAAGGCCUUCGAGGAGCGCUACUCAAAGUCCCUGGAAAGCUGGAUUGCCGGUGACACUUCCGGCGAUUAUAAGAGAGCUUUGCUUUCGAUCGUAUCGAAUUAAAAAACGCAAAAAAAAUUAGUUACUGCAAUAUGCUCGAAACAAUUCUUAAACGUCCAAGAAUUGUUGAGUUAAUAUUAGAUCUCUGUAACAAAGUCGCUUUAUCAUCGCAUAGCGCCGAAUGAGUCUUAAAAAUAUUUACCAGUAAAUACGCUUAUACGAUAUGUGCAGUGCUUAAUCAAUGUGUUCAUGAGAAAAAAAAAAACCAAUUUAAAUGGCGAUGCUCAAAAAUUACAUGAAAGAUUGAUUACUAAGAGAUGUUGAAUUAAAAUUCGUAGUUCUUUAACUUUUAUGGAUAGCUUUACAAAUAAUGGAAUAUAUUUUCAGUCUCGUUAAUCAUGAUUUCAUGUUUAUUGGUGCGUUAUACAUCAAAGGAAUACAUACAUUUACAAAAAUGUACCAAUUAUUUAUUUUUAUAUAUUUUUCAAUGUACAAUUUCGUAUUGUAAAUGACAAAACAUACUUACAAACGUAAAAUACGUUUUUUAUGAAUUAAUAACUUAAUUUUUUUGAACAAACCAAUAUAAAAUGGGUAUAAGAGUACAUAUGACUCAAUUAUGUAGAUAUAUCAAAGGCCAUGAAUGAAUCUUAAUCACAGUACAAUGAAAUUAUUGUUGAUCAAUUCAAGUCAAAUGAAUAAAAAAACUUUCUGACUUUCUAUUGAAACGAAUAUAAUCAAUUGAUUUAUAUUUUUUAUUAAAUUUUUGAAAAAUGACCAUUAUUUUUAUAUAAUAUAUUUUUAUUUUAACUACAUAUGCAAGGUGUAAUUUGUCUAUUGUAUUAUACUUAUUGUUAAACCCUAAUGAUGAAUAAACCGGAGUUAAAUGGAAA